UCCUCGUGCGGCGGUGAGUGAGAGAAGGGUGAAAGUUACGACGAGUGGUUUCGCCGUCGGUGUGGUUAUUCUGCGGGGGUUGUUGUUGCUGUUGCGGUGUUGGAAGCUGCAAUCUGUGUGCGUGUGACAUGUGAUAAACCAUUUGCCAAGCAACACCUGCAUGGCCCGUGUAGAAAGGUUCUCAGACACGAUGGUCUCUCCCGGCGACACCCUCAACAUCGGCAGUGUUCUUUUCCAAGUGGACUGGACAGAACCAUGGCUGAUGGGCCUCGUCACCUUCCACAUUGUGACGCUCAGCCUGACGCUGCUCACUCGAGACCGGGGCAAUGUGCAGGCAGGCUUGUUUGUGAUGGCAUUGCUGCUGGUGUACUUCUCGGAGGCGCUCAACGAGCUAGCUGCACGGCAUUGGCAGGCCUUCUCCAGCCAACAGUACUUUGACAGCCAGGGCAUGUUCAUCUCGCUCGUGUUCUCCACGCCCUUGCUGCUCAACUGCAUCAUCAUGGUGGGUCAGUGGAUGUGGACAUCUGGAACGCUCAUGAUUAGAAUCAAGCAAGCACAGCUCCGGGAAGAGAUUCGUCGGCAGCGGUCGGCAAACUCUAGUCAUUCCAAGGGGAGCAAGGACGACUGAGUGCAGUCUACACUGCUGGCCUCGUGGUGCUCAGAAAAUGGGCUGGUUGCCCGAACUAUUUCACAGCUGCACCGUCUUGCACCCACUUUCAGCCUGUCAUGUUGAGCGUCUGCAGUGUGCUGCCUCAUACAAGCACACGUGCUGUGCAGAAAGUGUGACUCUCGUUGGGACGGUGUUCACCGUUGCUGGCUACUGGAUUCGAGCUGCGAUUCAUGCUGGCAUGCCCUGUCAAGCGCAAUUCAGUUUCUAUAUUAUUGUGAAUCAGAUUUUGUUGGUUGGGUUUGUUAUUGUGGGACUUUGCUUUUCUUGCGUUUCAUUCCCUGAAAUCUCAUGUGAUAUAGUACUUGAAAGAAUUGAAGCUUCCUCUAUCUUUUAUCUAUUCUGCCAUGGAUGCUAAGCAUAGCAGUGAUGUGAACAAGCAGCUCUCCUCGUCUGUUGGAAUUCUUGCCAUCUGCAUAGCAGAACCUAGUUUAGCCACAAAUCUCUGUGACAGGCUGAUCCAAUAAGCAGCCUUUGCUUGCAUUGAACACUGUUACAUUACUAUUAAUAUAAUGAACGUGAAAGACAUUAUUCUGUUGUUUUCAUUGGUUUCCAGCAAGGCUCAAGAGAGCCCUUUCAUUCUAUUGCUGUCCUAUUUAGCACUUAAACCACUUCUGGCAUGUGUUGUGGAAAUGGGACUGCAUAACCUCAACUAAUCUGAAACCUUCCUUGUUGGCCCAUUGCUGUGUAGUGAUAACUCUAGGAACCUACUUGAUUGAAAAAUGAUAUUGGAAGGUGUGCCAGCCCGUGAGUACGUUAAGGGUACCUGAACGAUUUUUUUUUUUUUUUUUGCUUUGUUGAAUGUACAUUCCAUGGCCAGAACAUAGCGAUACUGCUGAAAAAUAUUUUGUGUAGAGCUCAUGAAUAGAAUUGGAAUUCAUCUCCCUCAGAAAGCUUUUCCUUGCGACCUGCUGUUGUAAAUCUCAUUUGUAGUCACUCUCCCCUGUCAUCACCUGACAGCAUCUUAUAGUUCCCAGCCAUUAAAUAAUUGUCUUUAUGAUGCUGGCUUUAUGUAUAACUGUACAGAAUUUCUGUGCGCUUGAUUGUUUGAACAUCACUUGUAAAAUCUGUUUAAUCGAAUGAAACUGUCUCAAAAUAAGCGAAAACACCAUUUCAAAUUACGUUGAGGAUCGUCGACUUCAGGGUGAAGACAUGUCAUCUGCUCAAUCUUACCUCUACAUGAACAAAACAAGAGUAGCACUUUUUCAUGUUGUAUGUUCACAUAGAAUCGAAAUGGUUUUUCUUUCCAGUUCAUUGUGCACAUGCACUUCUGUUGAGCUUUCCACUUUUGUCAUAAGGGGAGGCAUAAGUGCAAUGUCAGAGAUUCACUCAUUUACUUCGAGUGAGGUUGGUGGGAGCCAUAUCCAAACAUAGCUGGAAUUGCUGGGCCUUGUUUCUUGCAUUGUUUUAAUUUUGUGUCAGCAUGCUGCUGCUAGAAGUAAAACCUGGAUGGCAUGGUGCACUGAUUAGGCGGCCACUGAGAAGCACGGCUUAGUUGAUGACAAGGGCUAAAGAUCUCCCUUGCGGGUUCUUUUGUUGAAUUCUUUCUAGAGUAUUUUCUGAGAGGGUCACCAUGUUGGUUGGGUCGCCUUGCUGAAAGUGUUGUAACAGCAUAGAGGAUGAAUAUGACACGAGUGCUGAACUGCAACUACCAUUCAUUUGAACAUAUCUGUAACACACUUUAAUUACCGAACAGCACUGAUAUGCUGAUAACAUCUGUUGUUGGAGGCACUAAGAGAACGAGUUAUCCUCGAGCGAGACACAUGAUGAUGCACCUGAAGGAUGUGGAUUUCUUCUUUGCUACAUACUGGCAAUCUUGCACACUCUGUUCUGGCUUUUUAUCUUUGUGCUGCUAGAACCAAUGGUAUUUGAAGACCUCUUUAUGGGGAUGACAAAAAUGGUGCCACUUUAUACAGUGAAACGCACAGUGCGAAACUACGACGGGGACACAGGAAGGAAACACACACAGCACUGACUUUCAACCUUUCACUAUGCUACACCAACAUGCCCAAAUUCGCUCUAUUGCACUUUAUACACUCUGUCAUAUUUUUUUUUCCACUUGCUUGACACGGUACUUUAAUUUUUCUUGUGACCCAUAUAAAGGAAAAAUGGUUUUAAAACCUCACUUCCUGUCUCAUGCACAACCCUCGUGCAAAACGAAAAUCUGGAAUUAGUGAAGCUGUGCACGUUUAUGGUGAGUCCUGCUAUCAGCAGCGUGUUAGGCUAACCUUUUGAUUUGAUCUUGCUGCGCCCUGCAAUGUACGACGUUGGUUGUGUGAAAAUCCCAGCUACUCUUUGCUUUGAAUUUGCACAUUGUGUUCUGGGUGCUGCUGAAUAUGGAGGAUGCAGAAACAACCCUGGAGUGAAUCACGCCCGAAUGAUGCGUAUCAGGAAAGUGUGCAAGACAGUGCUGUGAUAUGUGACGUGCAGGCUACGAAUGAGGGUGCUUAGACUGCGUGUGUGACAAAGGGUGCUUGGCGGCUUCACUUGUUCUGUCCGGCAGUUAUCCGGUCGCUUCAUGUUCUGCCUUGCUCUGGGGAGAGAGCUCAGCUACCAACCAACACGCUGAGCCUUGUGCUGCUGCAUCAGCUGGCAGUGUUGCUGUUACUUGACGUGAAAUCAUUGGUCCAUCAUUUGGGAUUGGCUAUAACCUGCAACAAGUUAUUGUAAGUUCAUUAAAAAUUUUGUGUGACCGACUUUAGCAGCAGAGCAGACAUCGUAAACAAGCACCUGUGUGAUUAGUUGUAGCACUGUUGAAAAUACGGGAAACGUGCAAAAUUAGGCGCUCAUCCAUGUUGAAAGGAGAAUGUUUAUUGAAUACUUUAUGCGAGACAUAGUGGUCUGAAACUCACUGUUGUCAUUUUACUAAAAUUUAAGAUUUGUUACUCAUUCUACUGAAAUUUAGUAAGAUUUCCCAAGAGUGCUAGAAAUGAAAAGAAAACACAUCAUGAGGACUGUUAAAAAUAUCGAUCUACUGACAGCUUGUUUCUCACUGAAGUGGCCAGAAUGUGCCAGACCUAGUAAAAUGAGCCAAAGCCUGGUUUGCUGCAAAGCACCAGGUGAAGGUGUUAUCAUCGGCUACCAUCAAAAAUGUUGUGUCGGGGGGGAGGGGGGGGGUGGUCUUGGAGCAAGUAAGUGUGCAGAAUUUGAGAUUAAGUAUGUUUCAGAUGGUAAGACAAGGUCUAAUUGUCUCACAUGCUGCUCUGAUAUGUUGUUGCAUGUGUAAUCAUUGCAGCUAGUGAAGGAGUGCAGUAGUGCUAGAAGCAUAGUAGUGCAUAUUCUCCACAUUAAAGGCACAUUUUGCAGCUGUGCCUUUUCUAGCAGAGCUACAUUUGUGCUCACAAUCUCUGCUGCAGUCAACACAGUGUUGUUCCAUCCAGCUUGCCCAGUUGGUGCAACCCUCAGUUGAGAGCUGUAGCAUUAUUUCCUCAACAUAUUCCAUUCCAACUACCUGUUAUUAGUUGAUACUUUCUCCGAUGGACUAUCUAUGCCAUGUGUUCAGGGCAGAAAUAAGUGAUGCGGUGUGUUUAGAUGAAUUUGUAUUGUCUUUACUGCCUAGCCUCUUUACUCCUAUCUUUGGCCAGUCUUGUAGCUGUGAUAUAUCGUGUAUAUGUAGAGUAGCUUGCACAUGCUUCCUCCCUUGUGAAGCACUGAAGCAGCACACUUUUUUUUUGUUGUAGAGUGUGGGUCUUGCCCCAAAUAUAAAUGUAUAUUUUUUGUGGUA